AUGGCGGAAAUCCUCGACGUCUCACCCGUCGGGUGGGUGUUCAUGAAAGAAUUUUGGUGGCAAUAUGUUCUGAUUGCCAUCUUGCUGGCAAGUGUGGUCUGUGGAUGUUCAUAUCUUACCUACUCCGGCACCCGCAGAGCUAUACGAUGGUAUAAGACAAGACCGCGUGUAGAAAUUGUGCCGGCUGCUGUCACUCAACGCCUGGACAAGAUCGCCAACCAACAGCUUACCCUAGCCGCGGCGCAUCACACGAAACGGAAGCCUACAUCCGUGGGAGUCUACCUAGGCACUUUUGCUACUCCUUUGGAUGAGACGCAUCGUCAGCUUCUCGAUCGCUACGACCUCUUGAUUGUGGAUCCUUCCAAGUCCGGGGUUGUUCAUGCAAUUUCGCAUACCGACGGGAAGCAGGUUUUGGGCCGAGUUGAUCUCGCCCUAAGUUCUUCCCAGCAGGACUUGACUCUCGCCGCCAUCGAACAGAUCGACAGCGCCCUGGCUGGAAGCUUUCACGGAAGUGCCUUUUCUGGUAUUGUGCUGGCGAAUUGGGAGGACAAGUUCAAGCCCAAGGUUCUCGCCAAAUUGGCCGAAGCCAUCCACGGUCUGGGUCUGGCUGUGUAUCUGGAGACUGGUCCGCCCACUUUCCUGGAGGAUGGUCAAUCGCUACAAACCCCAGCCAUCUCUGGUUUAGUCGUCCGAAAUGCUAGCAUCCUCCCCGACGGUCAGAAGCGAGACUACUUCCAGCUCGACAAGCUGCGCCCAACCAUUAAAGCCUUUGUGUCAGAGGCAUGCAUGAGAGACUUUUUGGUUCUGGCCUGGGAAACUGUCGACGACGAUGUUACGCUUUCGAAUGCUGUCGUUCAACGGUCUAUGCAGUGGUGUAAUUUCUACAGCGCAAUUCCCUGGAUUGGCCGCAAGGCCGCUCUCGAAAACGCUGCCAUCAAUGUCAAGACCCCGGAGCCGCUGUCCUCCUUUAGUUGGCUGAAAGAUGCGGAGACCAUGAAGGCCCACGAUCGCUGGCGCACCAACCUCGACAUCGCACGCAACUAUGUUGCCAAGGCCUCUUGGGAUACACUGCGCGCAUAUUUCCCCUCUGUGGACGACUUGCUCUUUUCUUCCGAACACUCGCCUACAAUCAAAAACCCACCAGCCAACAAGCUUCGCGAGCCUCCGGAAUGGGUUGCUCAAGUCAAGUCACAGGGCAGUCCGCUGUCCAUCUCCAUGGCGGGUGUCGAAUACAAGGAACUUGGUUGUUUCCCGCUCGGCUCAGAGGCAACACCCGUUGCUUUUGCCGAAAUUGCUCAUUCCCAGCAGCGUCUGAAGUCACUCAACCUGCUUCAUCCGGUUCCGUCGUCGAAAUUGCAGAAUCUGGGGCUCCUCUUCCGACAGUUUUAUGAAAAUUUCGCCCUCUCGAGCUGGAUGGCCUCGGACCAACUGGCUGCCUCGGUCAAGGAGUUAUCGAACAUGGCAGCUAACGAUACGCUGCGGGUAUACCUCGGGCUGGAUUCUGGUCUGCGCAAGAGUGCUGAUGUCCGCUUCUGGGCCGUGUAUCAGAUGGACGCGGAUGGCUUCGAUGUCUUCGCCUCAAAGAAUGCCCAGGGACUGGCUGGCACCGUGUUGCACACCUUCCUCUCCGCCAAAGGCUACCCCCGUCACGUUUGUUUCGAGGCAGAAAUUGCGUUGGCGAGAUGGUCCAAAGAUAUCAACGAGGAUAUCGGGUUACCGCGUCGCAUCAUCCAGGACAUUGACGCCUUAAGUCCGGAGGAACGACUUUUGCUGUUGCAGCAUCUGUCAUUGACCGAUGCCAAGGGCGACCUUUCUGAAACCAUGUGUGCGUACAUCCGGCGACAACUCGUGGACGCGCCAACUCUGGCUCAGCUGAAGGAGCUCAACACGGUCGCCUACCUGGAGGGGUCGGCUUCGCCAGAGCUCUUGAUCGAGACUCGGAUCAACUGGUACAAGGAGCAGGGCUGUCAAUAUCCUUCUGCUGCCUCGUCUCUUGCAUUGUUCUACGAGGCGGAAUCGGUCUUCACCAAGGUACUGCGAGAGCGGAGAGAGGACGACCUCGCUCAGAUCUCGAGUGGUCUGGGCCAGCUCGUCCAGGAUGGUCCUAUUGAUGCCUAUACUGACGUACUGGUCCUGUCGUUGUUCUGCGCCGCACGAAAGGGUGCCCUCGACGAGAUCUAUGCCGAGGUAACUGACCGCAAUCCGUUGUUCAACAACCAGUCCGACCAGGCGGCAGCUUUCGCCGAAUCGUUUGCUCUCGGAUCCCGCUGCGAAGCCUACUUCGAUGUUUCGCCAAGUGCCUUUGGAAAGCUUCUGUCGGAUCGUUUCCGCAAAAGCUACAACGAUGAGAAGCUUCCUGACUGGAUCCACGGUGCUCCGGACAUGGCUUCUUCAUAUGCCGGUGCCCAGAUUGAUGUCGAUGCCACUCACAAGGUCAAGCCCAUGCGUGGAUAUCAGCGCUUCACUUUCCUCAGUGUGUUCGCUUUCCCUGCUCUGAUUGAUAUCAUUCUUCUCACGAUCAUCGGUCGCGGACUGUAUCUCUCUGCCUUCAUGACGGCCGAAGAGCAACAGAGUGCGACUAUUGCACUCAUGAUUUCGCUCUUGCUCUCCGGUGCUAUUGGCACCUGGAUUGCUUGCGGAGGACCCUAUUACCUCAUCUCCAUGGCUUUCGCAGCUGCCAACAUGUUUGUUCUGAUCAGACUGAUUGCUGGCAUCGCCUUCACAGUAGCUGGUGGUCUCAUCGGUUUCAUCUGCAUUUCGGCCGCCGUGAGCCCGCGGGCCGGAAUCAUCUUCUACCUCUACCUCAUUGCCCUGACACUCUAUUUCUCGUGUUUCGCCUCGCUGGCGAGUUUCAGCUACCCUGGCUCCACGUUCCUCUCCGGCCGCAAGGUCAUCUUCGCAUGUGUCCCGAUCUUAUUUAUCUCCCCCAUUGUUACCACUUUCACCGGUCAUGACUCGGCCAUCUACCUUGCUGUGAUCUAUGCUUUUAUCGGAUUGCUGCUCCUUGGUCUGAGAUCUGUCUCCUCCAAAUGGGUCACUUGGUACCAGAGCAUUCGGAGAACAGAUGAUACCGAAAUCCGAAAGUGGUACGUUGCCACUUACGGUAACAACGAUGAGAAGGUCUUUGGAAAUUUGAGUGACCCGGCCGUCCUAAAGCUAUCCCGAGAGGCGUUGUUCAAGGAUGUUCUCGCGGAGACUAAACGCUGGUUCUACCAGAAGCCUACCACCGACAAGUUGGUGCUGGAGCUAGCCAAGGAUUGGGAGGCGACCAACUUCCUCCUCGACUGGUACUGCAGAUAUGCCGACGUACCCAGGCCAAUUCCUUUCAGUUCUUCCUGGAACAUCCAGACCAAAGUUGGACUGGAGGUGCUCCGAAACUCGCAAAAGGGCAUCAGGCUGCACAAUGCCUUCAUCCAGUGGCGACAGUCCAGCAGAGAAAUCGGAUGCGGUGUCCUGUACUUCUUGCUAGCCCUGCUUGACAAGUGGGUGGAGCUACUCACCGGCGGUCAAAUGACAGGUCUUGCCCCUUCGGAUACCAGUUCGCAGCGGAUGGCCGUCGGAUUUGGCCUGGCAUACUACCUAAUCGGUGCGGUCCUCAUCGACACCAAGGCUCAGGAGCUUCAUGAUCUUGUUGGAAAGCAGACAACGCUUGCCGUGCCCAAUGCUAAAGAUAUCCGCUUGGCGCAGAAGCGGGACGUGAAAUACAAGAGAAUGGUAUACUGGAGAACUCUAUUCAAGUAUCUCGGGUGGCACGUAUGGAGUUUAGCCCUUGCCACCGCUCUGAUCUGGACCUUCCAGGAUACAAUGGAAGCGAUGAUCAUCUUUGUCGCUUACAUUCUGGCAUACACCGGUCUCCUUUGGUACCAGUACACGAAGAUCUUCUCUGGUCCGCAUGCGUUCAAGACCCUACUCAUCGGGUGUGUCGUUGGCUUACCGGUUGGCAUCGCUCUCAAGACCCGCCUGCCGCACUUCUUGUAUUCGGAAGUCAUUGGUCUCGGGUCUGCCACAUGGACUGUCGCUAUCCUCACACUAUUCAAGGCGAAGAUGGGCAUGCCGAAGAAGGUCUCCUCUCCGGUCGAGCUUGGAAGGGUAUUCCACGCAUACACGUCUCCCUGGUCAGAUCCGGAAUGGUCCCAACAGGAGCUGCAAACGUUCUACGAGAAGCUCUCGCUUGUUCCGUCCGACGCGCGCCUGAGCCUGAGUCCCCAAGCCCAUCCCGGUGUGGAAGUCAAAGAGAUCCUACUUUCGCGCAGAAAGGAAACAAGAAUUGAAGAAGCAUUCCCCAAGUCCGACGACCUCGUGAACCUGGCGUUAGGCGCCUGGGGCAAAGGCGAAAUCUCCCUGGAGCUUGUUCCCGUUGGCUCACUGGGUCCUGGCAUUCAUGCAUUGAGUUGUUGUACGUCAGGCCAACUGCACAUCGCCAUCUGUGUAGGCCGCGGACUAGACCAACGGAUUGACGUCAGUGCGAACUGCCAGGUCAUCGCAGAGACUCUGCUUCACGCUGUUGCGGAAUCGAUGCUGCAUAUGCCUCAUGAACAUGCUGUACUUGCCGAGUCGCUCGUCACGGCAGGUGUGACGGAAACCAUGGCACGUCAACUUCGCGCGGAGCCCAAUACACCGGUCGUCAUACGCUGGGCCAAGAAGGAGCUCCUUCAGCAGCUGUGCCUCGGAUUCGACUGUGAUUCUCACUGGGAAAAGCUGCCCAAGGACGUCAGACAGGCUUUGAUCAACCGGUGCCUUGGCCAGCCAUGCCAGCUCUCUGAGGCUAGCCGGCAAUGGCUGGAAGGAAGGCUUUGCCAGUUCGAUGCUGAUACUCUCGAUGUGCACGUCGCCCGAAGCAAUCUCGGAGCUGCUAGUGCUGUCAGCAUCCUGGAUUACGCACACUACGGUACUGGUGAAGCAGCCACUUUCAACGAUCCUGAGACUCCAGAGCAUAUUCCAUAUGUCCCGAAGAAGCUUCCUUCGAUCAUUCAAAUGCUGGUAAAGCCCUGGAACACCAUCUACUACGCUUUCGCUUCAGUUGUCAAGUUCAUUGUGGUUGCUCUCGUCGCCGAUCCCGAAUUCCAGCGAGAAUUCGAUCAUGUUAUCGGGCAACACCAUGCCAUUAUCCGCGUACCGGCUACCCUGGCAUUGAGCUUGCUCUGGUCUUAUUCAAGAAUUAUGCAGAAUAUCGGUCUCUCCUUCUUUUUGUUCCAUGGUCGUGAUAAUGUAAAGCAGCUCUGGAAUGAGGCCAAGGGAAUGACCAUCAGCAUCCAAAAGAGCAGGUUCAUCAUUCAAAGUCUGGAUGGCACAUUCACUGCCUUCAAGCAUGAUGAAACGGAUGGAGGCUUCAAAAUCUAUUACUACUCCGGCCAGCACAAGACAGAGCCUGAAGGCACGAAGAGUCUCAGCUACGUCUGUGUUUACUCCAAGGAUGUGCUGCUUAUGGUCCGCCAGGAGUUCAAGGGUGGAAAGCUGCUCAACGAGUACCAUUACGACUACCGCGCCCCGGCCAAGAAGGCCUUUGGCUUAUCCAAGUCGUCCCAAGCAAGAAUCCCAAUGGGCCGGCGUUGUGUCCGCGGAGACAACCACUUGCAGAGUGUGCAGUACAACCGGAAGGGACUCAUCGAGGCAGGAUCUUACAUGAAGGAUGGAAAUCUGAUCCGUUUCAAGUACCAUUAUCGCAAGAACCCCCGUUUUGGUGACGAGUUGCUUCGAGCCGAGUUUUCACUCUCACACAUCACUUGUACGGUCUCAUGGUGCGCUCCUCCUCUGCGCCAUCCCGAGAAGAUAGACCGUUGGAUCCCUCACUCCAAGGUCACCGAGGCAACUUUCGUUCAGGGCGCCGAUGUCUACGAGGCACGUUGGCUCUAUGAUCACAAGUUCCAUCCCACUAUCUUCACCACGCUCAACGGACAAAAGGUGCAGACGCCCCCCAUGAUGGAACACGACUACCUCGGAGUGCUGGCCAAGCCGAAACACACCAGCUUUGUGCAUGACAAUCCUCUCUUGUACUGUGAUAGUUUGAACUCAAGCAUCUUCAGCCGGUUCUUCGGACUCACCAAGAAGCGCUUCCCGGUGUCAACGUCUCGCGCUCGCUCGUUGAUCUGGAAGGCCUGGAAGGAACGUGUCGACUUUGAUGGUGUCAUCGUUCGCUGGAUGGAUGAACGACUCUUGCGCCGAGAUAAGACCCUCGCUCCCUACUGGCGUAGUCGGGAUCGCGGUGACCUUGCUUCGGCCAAGAAGUAUCUGGAUGUCCGCGCAGACACCAUCACAGCUAGUGCAGAUCUGGACGACAACAUCUCUAGCUGGACCCCGCUUGCCGUGAAGAUCAGUGAUCUUUUCAACUUUGGCCCUGGUGGUGAUGCAGUCGUCAACACUAGAUCCAAGGACUUUGGCGCUGAUACGGAGAAGAGCCUGCAUGUCAUGGCUGCUGACAAUGGUACCUGGCCAAACGAAGGAGGUGGCGUUUCUGCAUGCCGACGCGAUAUGAUCAACUCUCUGAGGACUAUCAAGUGGCAUAUGAUUUGCGAGUCUGCCAAUGACUUUGGCAUUCCCAAGCACCAAACCGAGCAGAACAUUCUUUCCUUGAAGGUUGUCCCUCUCUGGGGUCUCGACUUCCUCACGCCCACGCACGGUCUCUUCAGGAACAAGCUGGACUCGGAAGUAGAGAAUGUCACUUCCGCCAGUGAGAUGGACAUCAAGAUGAACUUCAUCCCCAUCUUGACGGCACUAGUCAAGGGAGCUCGCGCUAUCCAUCUGUCCAAGGCGGAUAUCCAGCAAGCGACUCGAGCCUUGGUCAAUCUCAACACCUACUUCCAAGAUUCCCGGCACUGGACCCAAGUCUGGGACAGUGAGAUUGUCAAGGAAAGCUGGCGCGACCUCUGGCUCAGUCAAGAAAUGCCCAACACCGUCCCUUCGUCUGAAUGGUUCCGCACGGAACUCCCCACGCUGGCGUCUCUCGACAUUGCACUGGAACUCUGGUAUCGCUACCUGUUCAUCUUCUCGAUUCCAAUCCCCGAGAAGAUCCCCAAUGUCUUCCAAGCAUCGCACCACAGCGUCAGUGCAUCUUACGGUGUCGUCUGCAAGGUGAAGAGAAACUGCACACUCCAGAUCUGGGACCAUGCCAUCAGUUGGCGUGAGACCAACCUCUGCCUGUCCUCCGCCCUUUGCAAGCUCUCUCCCUUCGUCCGCAACUCCCUACUCGGCCUCAUGCGCGUCACCUCGGUCCUAACCCUGCACCACGCCGACAUCAUCUCCCCCUGCGCCGACUUCUUCAACCCAGGCUGGGAAGUCGAGAUCGGCACCUGCCAGGGCACCAUCGAGCACCGCAACGUCUUCCGCCGCAAGGUCGACCCCGUCGUCAACGGCAUCACAGACAUGCAGAAGUUUGCCCCCGUCAAAGAGAUCAAAUCCCAGCGCCCAACCGUCACCAUGUUAUCCCACGUCUGGUACGCCAAAGACAUCAAAAUCGCCCUCCUGGCCGCGGACAUCAUCAUCAACCAGUGGAAGUUCGACGACUACCACCUCGACAUCUACGGAGCCAUCGACAAAGCCCCUACCUACUCCACGGAAUGUCAAGAAAUCAUCGCCUCCAAGGGCCUCCGCGGCAAAGUCACCCUCCGCGGCACCGCCGACCCCAUGAAAGUCCUCGAGAACACCUGGCUCUUCCUCAACUCUUCCCUCUCCGAAGGUCUCCCCCUCGCCCUCGGCGAAGCCGCCCUAACCGGCGCCCCCGUCGUCUGCACCGACGUCGGCGCCUCCCUCCGCGUCCUCAGCGACCCAGAUGACUUCUCCCGCUUCAGCGCCGUCGUCGCCCCCAACGACGCCCUUGCCCUCGCAAAGGCCCAAAUCACCAUGCUCGGCCUCCUCGGUGAAUGGAGCAAGUACGCCGAAGACGACGCUCCACCACCAGUGCUUACCUCCUCCCCGACCCCCGACGACGUCGCCAAGAUCACCCGUCGCAUGUACGAGAAGAGCGAGCACCGUCGCAAACUGGGAAUGAUGACCCGCAAGAUCGUCCAGAAAUCCUUCAGCGGUGACCGCUACCUCCGUGAACACGAGCAAAUGCUCUGGAUCGGCAAAUCCGCUAAGAUCAUGGCCAACCGUCCGCACGUUAACCUCCAAGAACCCACAGACGUCGCCACGGCGCUGCAGCAGACCCUCCCCAUCGACGAAGAAGUCAUCACUAUCCCCCGCAGCGCGGUCAACUCCUGGCGCUCGUCCGCUGCAUCAGGCAUGUCCACUCUCUACAGCUCUGUCUCGAACUUCCCGAUGCUGCCCACCGGCAAUCAACGUCCUUCGUCUAUCCGGUCCAGUCUAAGUAAUACCUCCACGGACGCGAGCUCCUUCAUGCGCCUCCCCAGCAGCGCUUCCCUCCCUGUCUUUGCACCCCGGCAGACACUGUCUUUCUCCAGUGGACCAGGCGGAGAUACUCAUCUUUCCCCCGGUCGUUUGUCGCCGGUGGUGAGCCGCUCGGGACGUCAUUCGCGCUCUCAGUCUAUUUCUACCGCUGGGAGAGAGCAGCUGCGUGGUCUGCAACGUGAGGAUCUGCAUCAGUAUCGCAACUCAGAUGUCAGCAUGAUUAUGAGAGAGGAGUUUUUGCAAUCGAGCAUUUUUAGGGGCAUUGAAGGUGGCAGUGGUGGUAGCAACAUCGUCUGA